AUGAAGCACAUGUGUGUGGACUUCACUUCCCUAAUAAGUACCGCCAUCAAGAGCAGCCCCUCCAAGAAACAAUCCACCAGAGGCAUCUGCAAAGAAAUCAUGCGUACGAACGACUGGUACCGCACGCACCAAAAUGCCGGAUGGCAAGAGAUCGUCGCCCAAGACCUAGCAACCAACUCUCUCUUCCGCGCCGUGAUUGAGUGUGAAGAUGGUAAAAUCAAAAGAACGAAGAGCAUCAAGUGGGCGCUGAAGUUUACCGCCGGUCCCAGUGUCGCAGAAAGCACCGCACCAGAGACAAUGCCCGAGUACGAGUUAUCAGACACCACCACAGCGGUCGGUUCCAGCGUUGGAAAUGGACACCGACCGCACAAGCGGACCGAGGCCUGGUGCGCACGCAGCAAAAUCAGCUUCAACACCAACACCAACACAAAUACCGAGUACGAGCGAAGCGUCCCGUCAGAAGACUUUGCCGAUCUGGUCGGGCUGGUAGAAUUGCCAGACUCCAGUCCGGCAGAACUGCCAGAAACUUGCAUUGGGGAGACAAAAGACGAAACUGACCAUAGCACGUACUCCAUCUCCCGCGCGAGUACGUUCGAGGCCCUUGAGGAGGACAGUGUGGCGGGCAGACCUUUUUCGAUUUCGGAAAUGACUCUCGUCUCCGCUAUUUCUCCGCGGUCGUACAACCCGCAAUCCCCACUCUCCCCGCUGGACUCUUUCGCGGGCCUGUCUCCACUUCAGUCUGCCGUUUCUUCUUACCGUGAUGAGAGAACGAGUGCCUUUACGCCGAAAUAUGCGGAUGGCGCAUACAAGAGAGAUGAAUCGCAUCAUGCUCAUGGGAAUCAUGAGCCGCAUCAAGAUCAUAGGCCGAGACGGCUCUCUUUCGAUGUCCCAUCGGUCACUUCUCGUUCACCGAGGCCUAUGACGACGACCUCGGCUCCGGUCGUUGCUCCAAGUCAAGUUUGUAGAGCAAGACGGCUCUCUUUUGAUACCUCAUCAGACGAAUUUCAAACAGAGCACCGCGUGACAAAUAUAGUCCCUGCUCAAGAUGUCUGUAGUGUUCGGGCCAAGGAAAUACGAAUGCCAUUCUCGACUCAGCCUUUAAUCAUACCGAAAUCACCCCCUCCCAGCCCCGACCGGGCCUCAGACAGCAAUAACUGUUCUUUGGAGCGCAUGAGUCACGUCAGGCAAUCAAAAAGCCCAGAGUCUCCAGACAAGGCUGAUCCGAGAGAGGAGAUCGGGCGCUGGAUUAACGAUGUACCCUCUCAUCAAGACACUGCUCCAGUCUUACUAGACACACCCAAACCGCAUCUCACCCGAUACCAACUUCACGACACCCCAAUGUCAGAAGUUGACAAUGAAGAGCUAGCCGACAAUGAAGCAUCAUCGGCUCCAAAUACCGGAGCAAGCAGUGACAACAGUCCCUCCGGUCUCGGCACCUCCAACGGUUCUGGGAAGGGCUCAUCCUCCCAAAACAAUGGCAGUGGGUCUCAGAUACCUCGUGGCCACAACAGAGGCGCAGGUCGCGAUGAUGAAGAUGGCAAUCAAGAGAGAAAGAGGAAGCGGCUCCAUUCUCCUGAAAGAGACGAGAAACGCAGAUUCGCGUGUGUGUAUCACAAAUUCGAUCCGGAUACAUGGGGCCUCAACAGUAACCGCAAAUACCAUGUCUGUGCUACCGGUACUGGCUUUCAAUAUAUAUCUGAGAUGAAGUGA